AUGUGCGACAUGCCUUUCUUCCCCAUCUUCCCCAUCUGCUUCCAAUGCAACACUGAUCAGAAUCCAUGUCAUUGUAAGGUGGUUGGACCGACACUCGAUCUUCUGCUACCCCUUGUCGAUCUUCUGUGGUUGCGGCUGCACUCAAACUGGAAAGGAGUAUGUUCAGCUGUCCUGCUUCUUUAUAUCCAGACUAACAAAUAG